AUGAUGGUCUCCUUUGAUGUCGUCUCCCUCCUCACGUCCAUACCGUUGGAUUUGGCAAAACAAUGCACAGAGGAUCUCCUGAAGUCCUGCGACACGGAUAUUCCCGCUAUUGCCUUACUCGAACUCUUAGACCUGUGUAUGGAAACCAAUUUUUCGUUCGACCAACAAUACUACCAACAACUGAAAGGAGCCCCAAUGGGGUCACCUAUCUCUGGCUUCCUCGCCGAGAUCACAAUGCAGAAACUGGAGGCCACGGCUCUUCCGUUAGUUAACCCUAAAUUGUGGCUGCGGUACGUGGACGACACAUUUGUGAUCGUUAAAAAGGAUCAACUAGAAACGCUCCACAACAUCAUUAACUCAACAAUGCCGGGGAUUAAAUUCACACUCGAGAAAGAAGUUGACAAAGAACUCCCAUUUUUGGAUGUUCUCGUGCAGCGGAAGACCGACGGGACAUUGCGCACAUCAGUGUACCGCAAAGAAACCUAUGCGGAAAUCAUUCUACACUACGAGAGCAACCACCCCAUUUCCCACAAACGGAGCACGGUCAACUGUCUGCUUAAUCGGGCAAAAACACACUGCUCGGACGAAGAAGGCUACCGAGCCGAACUAAGUUACUUGUGUGAAUUAUUUUCCCGAAAUGGGUACCCCAAGGAUUUUGUGCGCCGAUGCAUGAGACAGAAAGAGUCAAAGGAAAGGGAACAAAGAACCUCCAGUCAGACACCGAAGCCAAAUACAUGGCGAACCCUCCCUUACAUCAAAAACGUGUCUGAACUCGUGGAAAGGCACCUAAAGAGACACCAGAUUCGGGUGGCACACAGACCGACGACUACACUACGUACUCAGAUAGUACAUCCUAAGGAUAGGGUCGACUAUUUGGAUAGAAAGGAAGUCGUCUACAAGAUCCCAUGUGAGGCCUGUGAUGCAGUUUAUUGUGGUCAAACAGGAAAAUCCGCCUCUACACGCAUUCACGAACACCAACUUGCAGUAAAGAGGCGAGACCACCUGUCUCAAGUAGCCAUGCAUAGCUUGGACACCGGGCAUACGUUUGCUUGGGACAGAACACGGAUUGUCGGUGCCUGCCCCUUCAAGAAAGGCCGAGAGUUCCUUGAGGCCAUGCACUCGGAUGAAUCGUGCAUCAACCGUCACAUCGAGUUGGACGCCGCGUACAAAAGUCUCAAGGAGAAAUGGAAGAGACGAGAGCCAAUCGGGACGGAAUGA